AUGCGUAGAUGUGGAUCCGUCUGCUGGCGAAAAUCGAAGGCUUCGAUGCUGUGCGCUUAUCCCUGUGCGGGUGGUGGUCCUGAUAGUGCGGAAAUGCAAGUCCAUGAAGGUCGAAAAGGCGAACGAGAUGGUGUUGAAGUACGCUCUCCACACACAGGAAAAUCAGCUCAUUGGCAACUGUGCGCAUUCGUGACGGUGACGGCUGCGCGGCUGAUGGUGUUGCCUACACGACGGUGA